AUGGCGUUGUUCUCAAGAGCCAGGUUAGCCUUGGAUUCCAGACUACUGAGUGCUGCAGCGCUCACAAGAGCCUACGCGUCAAUCUCUUUUCAAAAAACAGCAGGAUGUUGCAAUUUUGACCGCUUAGCCAGGAACCAGGUGCGCAAAUUUAGCUCCGAGGAAGGAGCAGGAAGGGCUGAAAUGAGCCUCGCGAGAGUAAUGUCGAAAAUGAGCUCGACGCUGGAAUCGGAGUCAGUAAACGUCGUGAAGGUCCCGAAUAUGGGAAAAAACGUAGAUAAGUGUAAAAUAUUUAAGUGGGUGAAGAGGCCUGGGGACUAUGUGAACGUGGACGACCUAAUAUGUAUAAUAGAGACGGACCUGGUUUUCGGAAAGGUGUACUCGCGACUGGCCGGCACGAUGAUCGAGAGCGUGAACCAAGAAGGAUCCAUGGUUUCCGUCGGAUCGGACCUGGCCGUGCUCGUGAACAACCAGAUGCUGGGCCCGGGGUCGGAAGACUGCGAGGCCUCGAGGCUCGGCGUGGAGCAGAAGAGGGCCUUUUCCACCGCCAAGUACGUGCCUUCGAUAUCGUUCAGCAGGUGCAAGCUCGGCGGAAACGCACCAGCCAGGGGCAGCGGCGCCCUUGCAUCAGGUAGCCCCGACGGAGUCGCAGUGCUGGACGACUUCUACAAGUCGCCGUACAGAAGCUGGUUCAGAAGCAUAAGCGAGGAGGAGAUAGCCACGGUCAACCAGGGCACAGUGGAUGUAAAAUAG